CGUAAGUGGCCGUGUAGAGCGAGAGCUGAUACAGACGUUUGUGUUAUUAGUCCCUGUUCAAGAGAAUCAACAUGACUGGCGCUUGAACGGAAUGUCAGAUUAGCUUUCGUUUGGACACAAUCCUCAUUCCUUGUUGCUUAUCGCGCACACAACUGGGCGAUAGCACAGUUUCCAGACUUAUAUUAAUCAUAUUUUAGUAGACUCCCAAAUCAGGCUUUUCUUUGUAAGACAGUUUACACAUACUGAAACAAAGUGGAUUUAACAGUGGCUACGUGGUUUACCCGCACUCCAAGAUGCUUCUGGUCUCCCAGCGGCUAGACUCACCUCGCAUGGACCCAUUACUGCCUGGAUCCCUGAAGAGGAAAUUGACUGGGGCCGUCGAGAGUUCUGCAUCGCUAAACGGGGUCUCUGACACGUCUAUGACCCAGGGAGGUGGCAAACGACUAUGUCUGGAGGAUGUCACCCUGGCAAUGGGCCCCAGCUACCCUCAGCCCCCAUUCCCCUCUGGGAUGGGCAACCAGGGGGGUGUUCUGGAAGCUAACCGACUGAAUAGUAACAACAACAAUUUGGGCUCUCCGUAUUCCGUACCCCCGAACACUAGUCCUGGAUCAACUCCGGGGACUGGGGGAGCCUCAGGGGGCUUCAACCCAAAUGGGAGUUCUGCCACACCUUCAGUGGAACAGGAACUGCAGGAGAUUUUAGAUGAACUUACAAAGAAUCCUGAUCCCACUUUACCUGAGCUUGACAUUGACAAGAUCUUAGGAAAAGAAAGUGAUGACCAGGCAAGUAGUGCAGGAGGUUUCGUCCACCCUGAAGGUAACGGCACCCCUAAACGAUCUCCACAGAGACAGUCGCACCUGGAGGCCCACCUCACUCAAUCCCCUGGAUUCUCUCAAGCUGGUUCCCCCCAAGUGGGUCCAAGUCCUGCUGGGGCACCAUAUACGCUACCACACCCUUCCAAACCUGUUCCGUCUCCACUCUCAGCAUCACCCCUAUCGUCGUCCUCCUCACAAGGGCAAAAUCAAGCACGAUCACCCAUGCUUUCUGCCGCCCUAUCAAGCCGUGCUGGGUCCAACUGGCAUGAGGUGUCCCGGGCCCAACAGCUUCAGCAAAUGGCUUCGAAUAGUAAGCACCAUUCUAACAACAGUGCGGGACCCCCACCUACACAGUCAGGGUUGUCUGGAUUGGGCCAGCAAAGUACUUCCUGGGCUGGUCCCUCUCCACCCUACCGACCAGGGGAUAAACUGCCUAACUCAUCACCUCAUCAGCAGCCCUUCAGCCCAGCAGGUAAUAUUCAGAGCCCCCAGAGCUCUCUAAUCUCUAGCAUGGCACCAGCCCCAUCCACUGGACCUUCACCACCCUACAGGCCAGAAAAGCUUGCCAGCCCAGCAAUUGCUCAGCCCCCUUUUAGCCCCCAGAACAGCCUUCUGUCUGGAAAUGCCCCACCAGGAGUUUCAGGCACUGCAAUCCAAGGUUCUCAGGCAAGUUAUCUUCCUGGCGUGGCCCCAACAUCAAACAACACUCGACCAUCACCUCCUUACAGACCAGAUAAACAUCCGAGCCCAGCUGGGCAAUGUCAACCAGGAACACAACCUCCCACACAAGGACAUCUUUUUAAUUCACAAAAUAAUCAAGCACCUGUAAUGUCUAGUCAGCUGUUCAAGGCCAUCACAUCCAACCAGCCACCACCCAGUAGCCUCAAGCUCCUCAUGCAGGCGCAGGGAAAACCCUCACAGCUGCAACUAAACAAGACCUCCACGGCUGGUAUGGGUACAGAACCGUACUCCUUCAAUAACACCAAGCCAUUACGACAUUUUGACCCCGAUCCCUCUGUGGCCAAACUGGGUCCUCUAGCCGUGGGAGGAUACCGCAAUGCUAGCAUGCAGCCCACAACGCCCACAUCGGCCUCAGGACAUGGACAUCUUCUGCCACAGCGUAUGCAAAGGGGGAUGCCGACUGGUGGUAUCGUGCCUCACUGCAGAGAUGAUCAAGGUGCAGGAAUGGUGCCUCAUCUUCAGGACGCCCCGUCAGCAGUGCCACGGCAGCCCCAGAGCAGUUACAAUAAUAUGAUGCUUAAGAAUCAGAUAAUAAACAAACAUCUUCAACAUGAAAAGCAAAGGCAAAUGGAGCAAAUGAAUGGAGGGCAUAUCACAGACUGCCAUCAGGUGGCACCAUUUCAAGGUCCAGGUCGACCUCUCCCUCCGGAGUGUGGUGGUUAUCCUAUGGGAGCUUCUCUACAGUCGAAUUCCACAAUGCUCUCCCAUAGCGGCCCUUUACCCACAAACCGAAUGGGUCUUUCCUCCAGCUCGGUCUCCCAGAUGGGCCCGUCGGUUGGAGGAUACAUGUGCAGCAAAGGAUCUAAACAAACACUCUGCCACCCAUCCCAAGACUUCGGAAUGGCGAUGCAGCCGGGCCAGAGCAUGAUGGGAAUGGGCGGCCCUCCACGUCAAACGCUACACCCGGCUCACGGUGUGACGCGACCAGGAAUGCCGUGUCCCAACCUAACCGGUGUUCCCGUGCCGACCCACCACCUGCGGCAGGCGCUGCACCAAGCCGGAGCUCUUCCGUCACGUAUGAUGUUCCCUUCCCAGCAGCAGCCCACGUCACAGUCCCAGCUCUGGCAGCACCAGCAAGGGGUGCAACCGCAUAUGGACCCCGCGAACCACCAACAUCCCUUCCCCGCCGGAGGAGCCCCACCUGGAUGCGGUGGUCCUCAGUUUCCACAGCGAAUGACCGGCGGCAUGCCAGCCAACUUCCCUGGUUCCCGUCUACCUCCUAAUCAAACCCCCCCUGGUUUGGUUGGCAGACCGGACCAGAAGAUUCCCACCGCCCAGCCUCUCUCCUCCAUGCCCCAACAGAGCCUCAGAAUGCGAGGUCCACUUUCCGCUCUAGCUGUUAUGAAACCAGGAGGUCCAUCCAUGAUGCACCCAGCUCAUGGCAUGGCUCCUCCUAGCUACCAGACUGCUUCCGCAGGGAAACACUGUUCACCACAGGGCUACAACCCCGGACACAAGCUGCCCUCCUAUGACUACACGUCACAGCAUCAGAGCAAUGGGGCGAUAACUGGAGGGCUGCAAGGGCCCGGGGGAGGUGGCGGUGCGGAGGUGGACUUCAUUGACACUCUGGUGGGAAACAACGAAGACUGGCUGAACAAUCUCACCAUGAUUGAUGAAUACCUUGAGCAAAACUCAUAGGGACUGAUUGAAAGCUUCCUAGGUUUGAAAAUCACUACACUCAGCACCAGAACGAGGUCGUGGGUCCAUCAUUCUGGAAAGGCGCGUUCACACCAAGAACGAUAACUGUAAGGACAAAUAUAUUGUCCACACCAGUGGAAGAUAACAGUCUGUUUUGCGUGCGCACGCCGGAAAUAAACUCUCCAAGAGGGAUUACUACGAUAUUGUUCUUUUGUGUCUUUAUCGUUAUAGUUGUGGUGUGGACUUCCCUAUGCUCAUAUAAAGUUGUAAAACUUUAGAGUUUAUCAUCUUUGGUGUGAACAGGCCUUAAGGUCAUAAAGCAUUUUUUCAUGGCUAGCAUAAGUGAGAAUGUAUCGCACUGCUGAGCCCCCUGAAAUGGCUUUUGGCGGCCAAUAAAACGUGCUUAGAAGAUGCCCCAUCCUUUUCUCAAAGGUUGCUCUUCCGGUGCUUUUUGCACUGUAGUUUAAUAUGGAGUGAAACACUGUUUUAUGAAAACAUGGGCUUUCCCCAGCAGUGUCAAGAAAGUUCUCAUUCAGUUAAAGGGAUAGUUCACCCAAAAAUGAAAUUCUGUCAUUGUUUACUCACCCUCAAGUCGUUCCAAAUCUUCUGUGAAACACAAAAGAUAUUUUGAAGAUCCCUGUAAGGAAGUUUAAUGGGGUUUAAAACAACACAGACAUUCAUUGUAUUGAAUACUUUACAUGAGGGUUGAAUAAAAUGAUGAGAGAAUUGUAUUUUUUUUGUUAUUGAACAAUCCCUUUAAAGGCAGCGUGAUAACAGUAUUGUUGGCAGUCUCGUGCCAGACCAAACAAAUGUGCACAGCUUUUCAUUCUUGCUAUUUGAAAAGUGUAUAAAAUCAUUUCUGUGAUGAACUAUUUGAGGGUAUUUCAAAAGGAGCUUGUCCUGUACAUAAAGUAUUUUGUAAAAUAUUUCUUAAACUGUAACAUAUAAAAGAGAAGUACACAUAUUUAUGCUUCUUUUCUGCUGACGAAUUCUUCAGAAUUUCUUUGUAAAUAAUUAUCAAAAGAAUAAAUAAAACAGAAAUGCAAUGAUGUAAAGAAAAAUGAGUGUCACGUUAAAAUUGCAAAUGAAAUAUUUUACACUAGGAAACUCUAUUGUAAUUUGUAUUAUGCAAGACAGUAUGGUUAGUUUUGGAGUAAUACUAUGUAUUACAAUGGUGAAAAAUUUGUUAUGUUUUUGACAUAACUGGACUUCUGGUACUCCAGUCUGGCUUAAGAGGGUUAUUUGUUUUGUGUUUUUAAAAUUGUGAGGUUUGGAGUAUAAUGUUUCUCACAGCGUUUCAUUCUGACAUCAAUUGCACAGUCUAGAGGUUCUCUAAAUUGUGUCAUAUUGCCAUAGCAUAAUACAUUUUACACUAGACACUAGUGUCAUUGUAAUAAUACUAUUCCAGCUAACAAAAUGAGGAUCAUGACACUUUUCAGCAUUUCUAGGAAUGUCUCUUUCUUUGUAAGUGCACACCAGCUUCACUGAAACAGCAGACUCAGAGUAGCAGAGGGACAACAAUAUAUGAUCACACCACCUAUUAUCUAAUACAACAGCAACACCUGUCACAGUAAGUGCAUAAAACCCACAGUCCUUUGUGCCAGAGUCUUGGGUUUCCAGUAGUUCAUGACCAUGUAGUUUAUGCCAUGAACUUUAAGACAUUCUGAUUUGUGAUUAAUUGUGAUUUAUUAUAUUUUGUCUUCAUAUUUUUAGAUUGGAAAAUAAACUGUAUAAAAUCAAA